AUGUCGCUGCCGCGGCUGGAGAAGCCGAUCAAGCAGGCCUUCUACAACACGGGAGCGCUGCUCUUCGCGGGGCUGUGCUGCGGCGCCGCCGUCCUGGUUUACUUCAUCCUGGAGGCCUUCCUGCGGCCCCUGCUGUGGGCCGUGCUCUGCGGCACCUUCCUGCACCCCUUCAAGAGCUCCCUGACGGCGCUGGGCCGCCGCUGGCUCGGCCGCCUGCACCGCUCCCGCACUCCCGUCCUGCUGGCCGCCCUCCUCCUCCCCAUCUGCUUCGCCAACUACGGGGUGGAGGCGCUGGGGGAGCAGGUGCUGCGGCGGCGGCGGCUCCUGCUGCUCCUGGGUGCCGGGGGACCGCUGCUCUACGGGCUCCACUGCCUGGGCAGCUCCCUGGGCGUGCAGGUGCUGCUGGCCCAAGCCGCCUGCCUCAUCUGCCAGGGGCUGGAUUACUUCAGCAGCCAGUGGAUAUGGACGUUGGUAGUUGGUUACCUGCUGAUGGUUUCAUUCAAGUGGAAUAUAAGCACUGAACGUUACUUAAAAGCAAUCUCUGUCCCUGUCUGGAUUAUGCUGCUCUUUCACUUAGCUUCGGUGGCAGGUUCCUGGAGGAUUCCUGUGUUUCUGGUUAUAGUUGUUCUGAUGACUGUAGGUGUGUUGCAUGAACAGCAGAAUGGAAAGGAGUCUUCUGGGGCAGAGCUUCCUGGUCAGAUGAUUUCCAUUGCUGCUUCAACAAUUGCCAUGGCAAUUUCAAUGACAGAAGAUGAGUCCAAUAAUGAAAGUUCCUCACAACCCUCAGGAGCAACAGAAGGUGAUCAGCCUCCACAUGCUUCAUCAUCUUUCUCCUCCUCUUCAUCCUCUUCUGGGAGCAGACAAAGACCUGAGAUUGGAUCUUUUCUUAGAAAAAAGAAAACUAGUGAUAUUUACUUUGUUACACUAGUGUGGGCCAUUGUCAUUGUCCAGAUCUGGCUAAAUUUCUGGAUUGUGCAGCUAUUGCCGGUGCCUUUUGCAGUUUGGGCACUUAAAAAACUCGUGGUUCAUUUUGGAGUUUUGAACUUCGUGGCAAACCAUUGCAAAAGUUGGUGGCAACUUGUUGAAAAUUUUGUGAAGGAACGUCAGGAAGCUCUUGCUCCCAGGCCCAUCAGAGGGCUCGGAAGAGUCAUGCUAAAGCUUGACAGUAAGCUGUGGCACUGGCUUAAUAAGAAGAUGAUCGUGUGGUUGGAGAAAAUGCUAGAUAAAAUAAUCAGCAUUUUCAUAAUAUUUUUGCUAGUGAUAGGAACCCUUCUGCUAGCCCUGCUCCUUACUGCAAAGGUACAUCAGGAGAGUGUUCACAUGAUUCAAGUCACAAGCAGCUUGAUCAAUGAGACAGUAGCCAGUCACCCAGAAUGGGCAAACUGGCUGCCAGAAGCCCAGGUUAUUCAGAAGGCACUCAAUUCAGCAGCUAAUAAUGUGUACCAAUAUGGCCGAGAAUGGAUUACACAUAAGCUCCAUAAGAUUUUAGGAGAAAAAGUGAAUAACACCGCUGUGAUUGAAAAACAAGUGCUAGAGCUCUGGGACAGGCUUUAUCAUUCUUGGUUUGUGAAGAAUGUAACACACUCUGGAAGACACAAAGGGCACAAAUGGCACAUAAACCGUCAAAACAGCUGGCUUGGUGAUAUUCUGGACUGGCAAGAUGUCGCAUCAUUUGUUCAUGAUAACAUUGAAACAUUUCUUUCGAUCCUGGAGUCUCUGUGGAUAGUGAUGAGUCGCAAUGUGAGCCUGUUGUUUACUACAGUUACAACAUUAGUGACAAUCCUGUUCCAUAGUGGGACAGCUCUUCUCAAUUUUGUGCUUUCAGUGGUGAUUUUUCUGACCACGCUGUUCUACCUAUUGAGUUCCAGUGAUGAGUACUACAAGCCAGUGAAGUGGGUGAUAAGCCUGACACCUUUGUCUCAGCCAGGUCCCUCCUCAAAUAUAGUCGGCCAAUCGGUGGAGGAAGCAAUAAGAGGUGUAUUUGAUGCUUCCCUCAAAAUGGCUGGGUUCUAUGGACUCUACACUUGGCUGACUCACACUAUAUUUGGGAUUAACAUAGUCUUCAUACCAUCUGCAUUAGCAGCAAUCCUUGGAGCAGUGCCGUUUCUGGGGACAUACUGGGCAGCCAUCCCUGCAGUUCUAGAUUUGUGGCUUGUGCAAGGACAAGGAUGCAAAGCCAUUUUGCUCUUGGUUUUUCACCUCUUACCAACCUAUUUUGUAGAUACAGCAAUUUAUUCAGAUAUAUCAGGAGGUGGUCAUCCUUACCUGACAGGGCUUGCGGUAGCUGGUGGAGCAUAUUACCUGGGACUGGAAGGAGCCAUCAUAGGACCAAUUCUACUUUGUAUACUUGUGGUUGCUUCCAACAUAUAUAGUGCCAUGUUGGUGAGUCCAACAAAUUCAGUGCCCACUCCAUCGCAAGCAGCGUGGCCAUUACAGAUUUACAGGUCAUCUAGAGAGAGUCCUGAGGAGAUGAAAAUGGCUGCAGAGUGACGAAGGUGCUGUGCCGCAUCUGUUAGACACGAGAGAAUCCGUCUUCUGUCUUGAGUUCACAACAGCCAUGGCCUUCUGUCCCCUUCCAGCUGUGCCUAGGGGCAGCUCACAGGGAAGCAUAGCUUAGGCUUUAGGAGAAACCACUUCUCGAACAUCUGCUGGCCUUACAUGAUUGUGCACUUUGCCUCUUCAAGAGAGAAUGUCUACUUCCCAUGGCUUUGCAUACUAACACACAGUUCAACUGCCUUGUUGAAGACCUUCUGUCUUCAUAAAGAGAAUAGUGAAGAGGACAGCUAUGUCCACUGGAGUCAUUAUCUUAUCUGCUGAAAUAACUAACUUGGCUUUUAUUUAUUGGGUUGUGUUAUUAAAUUGUAGUAACUUUAAAGAAAGCAAAUUCCAAAAUAUU